AUGAGUCUGACCCUUGCGAUUGUUCGAAGAAUAAUCACAUUAGCCGAAAGGCGUGGAAGAAUAUCACGCCAGGCCGCUGAAGAAAUCCGCGCCAAAACCAAGCAAGAGGCCGACAAAGCCAACCAAGCCCUUCCCUCUGUCCCCGCCUCCUCCCUCACGAUGACCGAAGUCGAAAAGAUCUUCGGAAUAAAAAUGGCCCAGUGGGACAAGAUGCUAGACAUUCAUUGGAAGAAAAUGGGCGAAUCGCCCCGAGUCGAACCUGUUUCGCGGACCCGACUCGACAUAAUCAUGCUGCUGGUAGGAGCCUACCUCGAACAAAACGGGUUGUGCCCUACAUUGGGGAAGAAGCUCUAUCUCCAAGCCGAGACACAGGCCGAAUGGCCAAUCACCCACAAGAUGAAGAAGAAAAUGCUGCGUGGGCGUUUCGACUACUCAUUCUGGUAUCAGGAGGCCCAAACCCUUGCCAACAACCUUUUCAUCAUCGAAGCCAAGCCGGAGACCUGCACCGGUGGAGAAACCCAACUUCUUGCCUAUAUGGGCAUGGUUCUUGCUGCUCGUCAGAAACAGCACAAGGCCAAUACUGUUCUUUUCGGUCUUUUGACCGACUCUUGGUCCUUUUGUUUUUAUUGGAUGAAUAAGGAGGGCAAGUACCGGAGGUAUCUCCUCAGUUGGAAAGGGGGCGAAAAUGAGCAGGACAUGAUCCUGGGCUUGCUUGGGCGGUGCAUGUUACAUGCAGCCGUGGUGUCCCCCGAGGGGACUGACAAUGCCGACGGCCAGCCGAUGGACAUAGAUACAAUGUUAGGUUAG